AUGAAUAGAUGGGAGGGAGCUAGGGAGGGAGGGGAAGGAGGGAUAGAUAGAUGGAUGAAUAGAUGGGAGCGAGCUAGGGAGGGUGGGGAAGGAGGGAUAGAUGGAUGGAUGAAUAGAUGGGAGGGAGCUAGGGAGGGAGAGGAAGGAGGGAUAGAUGGAUGGAUGAAUAGAUGGGAGCGAGCUAGGGAGGGUGGGGAAGGAGGGAUAGAUAGAUGGAUGAAUAGAUGGGAGCGAGCUAGGGAGGGUGGGGAAGGAGGGAUAGAUGGAUGGAUGAAUAGAUGGGAGGGAGCUAGGGAGGGAGGGGAAGGAGGGAUAGAUAGAUGGAUGAAUAGAUGGGAGCGAGCUAGGGAGGGUGGGGAAGGAGGGAUAGAUGGAUGGAUGAAUAGAUGGGAGGGAGCUAGGGAGGGAGAGGAAGGAGGGAUAGAUAGAUGGAUGAAUAGAUGGGAGGGGGCUAGGGAGGGUGGGGAAGGAGGGAUAGAUGGAUGGAUUAAUAGAUGGGAGGGGGCUAGGGAGGGUGGGGAAGGAGGGAUAGAUAGAUGGAUGAAUAGAUGGGAGCGAGCUAGGGAGGGUGGGGAAGGAGGGAUAGAUGGAUGGAUGAAUAGAUGGGAGGGAGCUAGGGAGGGAGAGGAAGGAGGGAUAGAUAGAUGGAUGAAUAGAUGGGAGCGAGCUAGGGAGGGUGGGGAAGGAGGGAUAGAUGGAUGGAUGAAUAGAUGGGAGGGGGCUAGGAAGGUGGGGAAGGAGGGAUAG